AUGUGUUUAGAAAAUGGGAAGAGAAUUUUGAAGAAAAUCAAAAGAUCAAAAUCAGAUACCAGUAACAUAAUAAAGUUACCCCGCCAAUCCACAGCCCCAUCAUUCCGUACCCCAUCGUAUACAGACAUCGUUUUAUCUGCCAUAGAAUCUCAUAUCAUUGCAGAACAAACUGAGUAUGUGGAUCUUCUCCUUAAUAUGCUGGAUGUUGAUUUGUCUAUGAAUGACCUAUCUUUACUAUGUGGUUUGUGUGCUAAAUACUUCUCAUUAAGAUCUUUGGAUAUUAUACUUAGACUGUGGACUAUUCCCAAGUCUUUGUUGAGUGAACUUCUGUUGAUAGUAGUCAUAAUGGAAGCAAAGACGGAUAAGUCACUACUCGAGAGAAUAGAAAUUGUUCAGCUUUUACUCGAGUCUGGUGCCUGUCCAAAUUUUCUGGUAGACAGUCUAUCAGACUAUAAGUCGACAUUAGAUUCGCAUGUUGAAGAUAAUAGUGUAGAAAGAGUAUUACCAUCUGAGCGAGCUUCUUAUGAAUUUGACCAUCUGAUAGAAAGGCUUUCUAUGACCAAAGAAUCCCAGAAUCGUUCCUGUUACCAACCUUUAGAAAUAGCUGUAAUAGAUAAAGAUCUUCCAUUACUUAAGUGCCUUGUGGAAGGUGGAGCAUCAACACAAACUUCUUUUGCUAUCCAUUUAGCUAUCUUAAAAGGACACUGUGAUGUUAAGGAAUAUUUAUUAAACAUUCCAAAUACAUACCAGAGCAUCAGCAGUUUGGAGAAUGUGGUAUCACCACAAAAAAUUUUUGAAUAUUACUCUGGCAAUAAUGGACUUCUACAAGCGUUGUGUGUAUGCCAGGGAUCAGCUCCAAUCCAAAGUCUUUUAAGACAUUUUCCAAAUCUUCUUCAAUGUCAUAAGAUCUUAACGACAUCCACAGUCAAAUCGUACCGCCCUCGACUAUUCCUUCAUAAAGAGCUUGAGAUUCACAAACUUCUCUACCAGUACCAAGACAAAUCGAAUGGACAUCUAAGACAGCUUCCUUUGACGAAGCUGAUGAUUCAGAUACCGGGAAAUGAUAUUCUAGUCAAUGAAAUUUUUGUCAAACCGAAUCAACACCUAUCGGGUAUUGAAGUUGAUAAGGACACAGUUAUCCACGGUGCCUGUGAAAUGUUUGUUGCCUGUGUGGAUAGUAAACUAUGGGAGAUGUGUCAUCGGCUCCUAUCAACAGAAGGCAUAUCAAUCAUUUGGGAAUGUCUAUUUGGUAGAAAUUCAUACUGUAUAUGUAAUAUUUAUAGAUGCAAUGAAUCUACACAUCCAGUGUUAUCAAAGAUUAUUUUCGAUUUUAUUUCAAAGGCUCCUAUGGAGUGUGUCCAUCUUUUCUUUAACGGAUUAAAAUGUGUAUUAUCAAAAAUGGAUGUAGAGUGUCUUCAAGACCUUGUUAUGCGACUAAAAGCCAGUAUGAACGAAUCUUUCGACGAGGAUACGGUUGUUGAUCAAUCUACUGUGCUACAGGAAAUAGUUCUUUGUAUUUUCGAUAACUUAAAGAAUAAACACGAAGGAUUAUACCUCGCUUCUAAACUAACACUGGCUCUACCAGAAAUUCUCAAGAGUUCCCUUGAUUGGACCUUCCAAAAGAAAAGAAUUCCAUAUUUCCAACUAGCAUUGGCAUGGAAAGAUUUUCAAAUUGAUAGUUCUAAAAAAUCAGUGUGUAAGCUUGUGAAUCAUCUGAAUGUGAUCAAACUGGAAGUAAGACUAAUGAAGAUAUUCCAAAAGCUAUCCUCUGAACAGAAGAAUACCAUAAUGGAUAAGGACAUAUCCUUGGCGGCACUUGCUUGUAUUUAUGGAGAGUUACACAUAUUGAAAGUCUGUCUGUCCUAUCUUGAAACUAAAAUUAAAAUGGGUCCUCUAUUAGAUAUAGCUGCUGGAUUUGGUCACCAGAACAUUAUCGAAUAUCUUAUAAAUCAAGGUGCCCAAGUUAAUUUGUCAACAAUAUCAUCUGCUUGUCAAGGACCAACAUUUCUAUGCCUUACUAAUUGGGAACCAAAGAUAAAGACAGCACACAAAGAACAAGUAUCUUUAGAAACAAUACAGUUUCUUUACAGGUCAACAGAUCAACAUGCUGACCCUGGCUUCAGUCUUGAUAUUUUGGAGAACUCAAUCACAAUGUAUUACUGGAAUAUUACAAGAUGGUGCCUUGAUAACUGUCAAGAUAUAACAUGCUGCACGGGUCUAAGUAAAGCCAUGCUGAUCGCCCUUGCUCGUGGACCAGAAGAUGUGUGCCUUAAGUUGGUAAAGAUGUUUGAUUGGUCAAGUCUAAAUCAGGAAGAAGCACAAAAUGCCUUAAUCAUUGCGAUAAAGAGAAAUGACCAAGUUACCGACAACAUCGUUAAACCAAUGUUGAAUUCGUAUGAAUUUAUUGGAUUGGGCUAUUUAGAGCAACAGGACAAACAUAAGAGAACCUUUAUGCAUUUUGUCUGCGCUCAAGGAAAAAUGACCAUUGUAGAAUUGAUAUUUAACCAACUGACAACCUGCGAUAAUCAUCAGAUAAACCAGAUCCUCAAUAUGCCCGAUGCGUCUAAUGCGACACCUUUGUGGUACGCCUUGUCCAAUCACCACUGGGACAUGGCUAAACUGUUGAUUCUGAACGGUUGUGUUUUAUCUAAAGUAAGGACAAUUCAUUUAACCAGGAAAAGAUUGUACUUAUUUGGAACGAAAACCGUUUUAGAAAGUCACAGCCGUGGUCAAUUGGCAUUAACUAGAAAAGGAACAAGAUCAUGUGAAGUCGCAGAUAGAGUUGGAUCAAAUGGAUCAUUCUUUGAGGAAAUUUAUGACACUAAUCGCAUUAUUCACAAAGUUCCGAAAGAUGUUUCCGUCUUAGAAAAAGUCAAUCAUUUACAAAGAGAUAAUAACAUGAGUGAGGUGAAACUACUGGUUGAUCUGAUGUUGCAGUCCCUCAAACAAGGAACAUCAUUAUUAAAUGUAGCUAUUGGAACUUCAAAUUUUCAGUUGGUAUCUUCAAUCCUUGAACAGCCUCUGAAGAAAGUUUUUCUUGGCAAUAUUUAUGAAUCUCCUGUGAUAUACGCCAUAGUGAACAAUCAGGGACCAAUAUGGGACAGUAUCGCAGAAUACGGCACCAGUGACCACCUCGAGAGUGCUAUACUCCGCGUUGCUCUUGGAGACAUAAAAAUGUCAAACAACGAAGACGUUAUAAAAAAAACAAUCAUUCUGAAUUCUUUCUCCAAACCAGAAUCACAAAGCUUUCGUGAUUUAUUCAAAGAAGCUGGUCGAAUAGUCGAAAAGACAUCCAACAUUCCAUGUUUUCAACAUAUCGACAUAAACCAUGCUAUUCCUUGGGACUGUUUGAGAAACAUAGCUGUCGACAGCAUUCAGUGUAAAGAACAAUUUCUUUCGGAACCUAUCUUAUUUCUAUCAGCAGUUCUUGGACAACCAAGGUUGUUUGAAAUCAUCAGGAGUUCGUGCAAUAGUAAUCAGGAAUACAACAAACUUCUUACCAAACCAUUAUGUGAUGACCUAAGUACCAUUGAUUUGAUUCUUUUAUUUGGAUCGAGAGACAAAAUGAGUAGUUUGACGAAAAAGGAUAACGAAAACCGAACAGAAUGUCUGAAAACCAUUUCAGAUAACAAAGUGCGGAUACAGAAUAUAACCUGGCAAAUCGUUGAGGACCAAAGACUUUAUAAUGUGGUGAUGCCAAUAUUAGAGCAUAUCCUAAAAGAUCAACCUAUCGAUGCUUGGGAUAACAGAGUUCAAGAUGCCAUCAAAUAUGAUUAUGAGGAAUUUGUGAUCAAAUUAAGUGACAACCUUAUUGAUAAUGAGGCCUUUAGUAUUUUGGUACCGAAGUUCAUUUGUCUGAGUUCACUAUUUGGAAGAACUGCACUAUUUUUUUAUUUUAUGAACCAUCACCGAUUGUUUGAUGUUGACUUCAUGAGAAAAAAUUCAAGUAUCACUUGGAAUAGCAAGGUUGAGCAGUUAUCAAUACUAGAAUGUGCCAUUAUCAGUAACAAUCUUGUAAUGGUCAAACAUAUUUCCGAGAAACUGAUGAGUAGGCACAGUCAUUUGGAUUCUGAUGCAGUUUAUAAAGCUCUGAAGAUAGCUUACAGAAAAGGAAACACCGAUGUUAUAAGAUUUUUGGAACGAAUGACGUCUAACGAUUCUUGUUUGGAUGAAUUGUGCCUCAUCGCCGCAUCCAAUGGUCAUGAAAGUCUGGUCCGCGAUCUUCUAAUAAACCAUAAAAUUAAUAUAACGCUUACGAACGAGCUGGGUUUCGGUGUGUUUGACUAUGUGUGCAUAUAUGGUUUUGAAGCCUUAGCCGAAAUGUUACUCUCGAAAUUCCAGCUCGAAACUUCGAUCAACCAUAUUCAUCUUGCCAGCUCCUUUGGUCAUAUUAGGCUGAGGACUAUUUUAACAAAGUGUUCGAGUUCGUCCAACCAAAGCAACCUGGAUUAUGUACCUUGUGGUUGGUUCAGAAGUCUUAUGGUUGAUAAUGAAAUGACUGUAAACGACAAUGUUAUCCAUUUUAGCCAUAUAAAAAAGAAAAGACUUUGUCUUACUUUGGAAAAUUUAUUAAAAAAUGGCGACGAUCGAGGAGCACUGCAUUACUGUAACGCUGCACAGGAAGAUAUAGUGUAUAUGAUGGAAAAGUAUUACCAGAAAUUACCUUUGCUACAUUUGUGUGCACGCUACAAUAAUAACCUGACAUUGAAAGCAUUGCUAGAUUUGAUCAAAUUGUAUUCAACAAAAGAACAUUCAUCUUGGUUAUCCUUGGAGUUCAAAGGUAAAAUUCCAAUAGUCACAGCCAUCGAAUGUGGAAAUAUGGAGGCAGUUGAUGCAUUGAUUCAUGACAAAACGUACAACAAUUGGAAAUAUCGAAAUGGUGAAACUGUUCUUCACAUUGCAGCAAAAUAUGGGAACGAAGAUAUUGUCAGAAUGGUACAAAGUCCAGCACUUAAUUCUGCAAAAGAUAACUUUGGUUUGAUACCAGCAUCAACAGCUGUAGCAAUGGGCCACCAUCAUGUUAUACACCUUCUGUGCGGACCAGAAAAAGAUGUUCAUCACUGCAAUCAUCUCGAUACAAAUUUCGCCUGUUUUGAUUGUUUACAUAAUUACUGCAUUGGUUGGUUUAAAUGUUUACAAAAGGGACGAAUUUCACCACAGUUUCAUUCAGUUCGAAACAUCUACGACCGGAAAAAGUCAAGUUCUGGCUUCAGACUAAGCCAGAGGAAAAGAGGAAUGAAAGCGCAUCAUUUUCAUCCGAUGCAAAAGAUUUUGGCGUGGAGAACCAUUUCAAAGUCAAGUCAAAUUAUCAAUUCAGCUCUAUACACAAUGGGAUAUCCACAGAUCCCGGUUAAUGGCGAACUGUUUCUUCUGCUAAGCGAGCUAGGCUGUGAAGAAGCAGUCCUUAAAUGCGCAAUUAAAAAGAAGAUCGACACAGUGGUUCUUCAGUUACUUAAAGAUGCCAAGCAAACGACGCAAUUCGAUAUACCAGAAAUAGCCAAUUUGUGUGUUGGUUAUCAUCUAAACGACAUUGUGAAGUGGAUCCAUGUGUCCCGUACUGACAUAACUUCUGUUACCCCACGUGAUCAGUCUAUUCUGGAAUCCGCUUAUGGUAUGGGUAACAUGGAAAUUGUCAACUUAUUUGAAGCUAAAAUGAAUGGAAAGCAGAGAGUUGAGAAACUCAAUGUUCUUCGAGAUCUUGUGAAAAAAUUACCAUUCAGCCUUCAAUACCGGUUGGACCCACAACAAUUCAAAGUGUGCAAGAUCAAACAUAAGAAUGGACGACUUUCUGAUUUUGAUAUAAUCCGUCUCCUCCCCCAGUGCGUGAUCGAGGAAAUCUUCGAAAACUUAAACCUGCAUCAUAACAGCACAUUAGUCUAUCCGAGAACAAUAUUUGGUAAAUCGGUGAUAGUAGAAACUGACUGUAUACGUCAAUGUACCGCUACAUCCAAGCUUUCAGAAGUCGAUGUCAUAUCCAUACUAUUUUCCAAACUAAUUAUAGGGAGAUACGUUCAGGAAAUAUCCAAGAAUAGUGCCGCAUGGCUGAAGCUAAGAAAAAUCAUAGUAAGAUGUUACACUGAUCAAUUGGUUGAACCUUGCACUUAUAUUGAAGAAGACAUCCUAUAUGAUGACGUGACUCUGGUACAGGAUGAUCAUUCCCAGCAAUGGAUGGUCAUGUGUUCCAGUGUACCUCAAGAUAUUUUACCAAAUCCUCAGUUCAAAAACCAAGUUGAGGAGAAGUUGAAGGACAUUGAGCUAAAUGUGAGUAUACAAGAAACUUUUAUGUAUUGUGUUGAUGCUCAGUUCAUUUUUAUAUGA